UCUCUAUCUAUAUAUAAAAGAAAAACCCCAAUUUAAGUCUUCCAACCCUAAAAGCUCAACCUUCUUCUGCUUCUCUGCCUCUCUCCCUCUCUUCUCAGAUUUCCAUUUCCAUUUCCUCCUCCUCCUCUUCAAAAUGAGAGAAAUCCUCCACAUUCAGGGCGGCCAGUGCGGCAACCAGAUCGGUGCCAAGUUCUGGGAGGUCGUCUGCGCAGAGCACGGGAUUGACCCCACCGGGAGGUACCAGGGUGACUCCGAUCUCCAGCUUGAGCGCGUCAAUGUCUACUACAAUGAGGCCAGCUGCGGCCGCUUCGUCCCCCGAGCUGUCCUCAUGGACCUUGAGCCCGGGACCAUGGACAGCGUCAGGUCUGGACCCUACGGCCAGAUUUUCAGGCCUGACAACUUCGUGUUCGGGCAGUCUGGAGCUGGCAACAACUGGGCCAAAGGUCACUAUACCGAGGGCGCUGAGCUGAUCGACUCUGUCCUUGAUGUCGUGAGGAAGGAAGCUGAGAACUGCGACUGCUUGCAAGGGUUUCAGGUCUGCCAUUCCUUGGGAGGAGGAACUGGCUCUGGAAUGGGGACACUGCUGAUCUCCAAGAUCAGGGAGGAGUACCCUGACAGGAUGAUGAUGACCUUCUCGGUGUUUCCUUCCCCUAAGGUCUCCGAUACUGUUGUCGAGCCCUACAACGCCACACUCUCUGUUCAUCAGCUCGUUGAAAAUGCUGACGAGUGUAUGGUUCUCGAUAACGAGGCCCUGUACGACAUUUGCUUCCGAACUCUGAAGCUCACCACUCCCAGCUUUGGAGAUCUGAAUCAUUUGAUCUCGGCCACAAUGUCUGGAGUUACUUGCUGCCUAAGGUUCCCGGGACAGCUUAACUCUGAUCUCCGAAAACUUGCUGUGAACCUCAUCCCUUUCCCCCGUCUCCACUUCUUUAUGGUUGGCUUUGCUCCCCUCACAUCUCGAGGGUCCCAGCAGUACCGUGCACUCACAGUCCCUGAGCUCACUCAACAAAUGUGGGACUCAAAGAACAUGAUGUGUGCAGCUGACCCAAGGCAUGGCCGCUACUUGACUGCAUCAGCCAUGUUCCGGGGAAAGAUGAGCACGAAGGAAGUUGAUGAGCAGAUGCUUAAUGUGCAGAACAAGAACUCAUCCUACUUUGUGGAAUGGAUUCCCAACAACGUGAAGUCAACUGUGUGUGACAUACCACCAACUGGCCUGAAGAUGGCAUCUACCUUCAUCGGAAACUCCACAUCGAUCCAGGAGAUGUUCAGGCGUGUCAGCGAGCAGUUCACUGCUAUGUUCAGGAGGAAGGCUUUCUUGCACUGGUAUACUGGUGAAGGAAUGGACGAGAUGGAGUUUACUGAGGCUGAGAGCAACAUGAAUGACUUGGUUUCCGAGUACCAGCAAUACCAGGAUGCAACUGCUGAUGAGGAGUACGAGGAAGAUGAGGAGGCGUACCAGGAUGAGAUAUGAUGAUUGAUUGCUAUCCGAAGAUAUUAGCAAUUAUUUCCGACCUCAACUUCCAGUUGUCGGUUCGCUAUUAUAGGAUGUGAAUUCUAGAGCAACUUUAUGGGCGAUCAAAAUUUUGUGCUGUAACUUGCGUAAACCCUAUUCAACGCUUUCUAUUUCCAUGGAUGUUUGUUUCGUGUUUCUCCUAAUGCAGUAAAAGGUAUCUCUUGCAAAGCU